UCUAAAAAGGACUUUUCUUGCGGGUUUAAUUAGUUCUUGUCAUUGUCCGGCGGAGGGGGGAUUAAACUUGCAGAAAGCAGCCUGCUGCAGCGAAGCCAGUGCGUCGGUUGUUUUAUUCCCUGCAAGCGCUUCGUGUACGAGACAGAGAGCCGAGGCUGCGUAGAUGCGAUAAGAAGUUCACGCCGGUGCAGAAAAACACGCAUGUUGUCCUUGGUGUCUUGUCUGGCGUGCGUUUGUAGGCGCUGUGUGUCGCGUUUGUCUGCUUUCUGUUCGUCCAGGAGGAGCCGAGGUUAGGAUCGACUCCUUUAGCCAUGUUAGCUGCAACAUGCAACAAAAUAGGGAGUCCGAGCCCUUCGCCGUCGGCUAUUUCGGAUAACUCCUCGUCCUUUGGAAAAGGCUUCCACCCGUGGAAAAGAGCCGCCGCGAGCAGCUGCAGCCUCGGGUCCGGCCUGUCCGGUUUCGGGGUGUCCCGCAACGGAGCCGGCAUCUCGGACUCUUUUGCCCCCAACAGCUCCAGUGGAUCCAGCGCUUUUUCCCUCACGUCAGGCACCUCGUCCAGUUCCCACUUUGGAAACGAUUACUCUGUUUUCCAAGCGUCCGUCUCCAGCAGCUCCCAGGAGUCCAGCCACCAGCCGGUCUUCAUCUCCAAGGUGCACACCGACAGUUUGCAGGGCAUCUAUCCGAGGAUGAGCGUCGCGCAUCCCUACGAUUCCUGGUUCAAAUCGUCCCAUCCCGGUAUCCCCACCGGUGACGUCGGGACCACCGGAGCCUCUGCUUGGUGGGACGUGGGAGCGGGAUGGAUUGAUGUUCAAAACCCUAAUGGAGCAGCACUACAGACGUCCUUACAUUCCGGUGGACUCCAGACUUCCUUGCACUCUCCCCUGGGCGGAUAUAAUUCUGAUUAUUCCACUUUAAGUCACUCUGCUUUCAGUACAAGUCCCUCUCCACACCUGUUGACAACCGGCCAGCACCUGAUGGACGGCUACAAGCCGGUGUUAUCCUCUUAUCCGGACACAAGCCCCUCUCCAUUAGCCGGGGCAGGGGGGACUAUGCUCUCCGGGGGUCCACCUGCAUCUUUAGCGGGGUCACCGAGGUCAUCUGCCCGCCGGUAUUCGGGCAGAGCCACCUGCGACUGUCCAAACUGCCAGGAGGCGGAGAGACUAGGACCGGCGGGCGCCAGCCUCCGGAGAAAGGGCCUCCACAGCUGUCACAUCCCCGGCUGUGGGAAGGUUUACGGGAAAACGUCGCACCUCAAGGCGCAUUUGAGGUGGCACACCGGCGAGAGGCCGUUUGUGUGCAACUGGCUCUUUUGCGGGAAGAGGUUUACGCGCUCCGACGAGCUCCAGCGACACUUACGCACACACACCGGGGAGAAGAGAUUCGCUUGCCCGGUGUGCAACAAGAGAUUUAUGCGUAGCGAUCACCUGAGUAAACAUGUAAAAACUCACAGCGCCGGGGGAUCCGCCGGUUCUGGCUCCGGGGGCAGCGGAGGGAAGAGGGGGAGCGAUACCGACAGCGAGCACAGCGCGCCGGGAAGCCCACCGUGCCAUUCCCCCGACCUGUUGCACCCACCUGAGUCCACCCAGGGAGUGGGCAUGAACGGCCUCUAAAAACUCCCCUCAGCGAAGUCAGAAACUGUGAAACAGCAAAGUGGUCGCGGUGGACUCGUCCCUGAGGACAUGAGAGUGGACAUACUUUGGUGUAUGCGCAAAGCUUCACCCUGGGUGUUGUCAUUUAAUGAGAAAAUAGGCCUAUGCGUUUCUUUGACUGUUUUUCCAAGUGUUUAAGACUAUACUAACUGCAUUAUUUCAUAGCUGUUGCCACCAGAAACUUCCCAUUAAUACAUCUGCGGUGUGAAAGUGUAAUCAAGUAACUGUGGGCACACUGGGACAGGGAGACACAACUCAAACUCCCCUGCAGCCUGAUCCUCACUCUGCACUGUUUGGUUUAUGUGAGACACAAAAUAUUAGAAAACACUGCUGUGAAAAAUUUAGGGCCUGCAAAGUUGUGUAACUGCUGUCAUUCAUAUUGUUCAAAAAACAAACUCUGGCACUUUAUUAUCUGGCAGUGAGAAUUCGUUUUUUUUGUCCCCUGUGGACGGACUGCUCGGUUGGAACAAAUACCUGUGGAGUGUGGUAGGAUAUGGGACAGGGGUGGUUUUCAUUAUGUGCGUCUGAUCCCAUAAUGGAGGAGCAGUUGUAGGUUCAUAAGGUUGUCAUAUAUUGCUGUUCACUCCACAGCCUAUACAGUGUGCUCUCUAAAUUUGUAAGUAGGCCAGUCGAGGUUAAACUUACACUUCUCUUCAAACGUGUUGUAUAGAAUGAGACAUGUAGGUUAGAAUAAUUACAGCCCGAUGUAAAGGUGAGUAAUGUAUUUGUCCAGGAGACGAUUUUGUAUAGGUAUUUCUAGUUGUAUAUGGACUCUAGUAAAUAUUUGAAAAUAUACGGAAUAUGUACUUGGAUUUUUCUUUGACAUGAUAUGAAAAUGUAUUUGUGGGGAGUUAUAUUUAACCACGAGUUUUCUUGUAUUUAGGGGUCUAUCAUUAGGCGCACUUUGAAUUUAUUUGUAAGGUUUUGAAAUCAUUUACUGUUUACCCACUCAUUUUAAUUUAAGUAAGCAUGUUGUAAAGUGACUUUAAUUUUACAAUGAUAUUUUUUUCCUCCUCCGAGAAUGGCUUUUUAUGGAAGCCACUCAAUAAAGUCAGUAUGAAUUCA